UAAAAACCUAAAUUUGGCUAAACGAGCAAAUACAAUGUGGUUUGUACUGGAAUCUUCGAAGACUUUCUUUCUACCUUAUUAAGGGCAUUUCACUAAGUUAGUAGAGGAACGAAGUAUUCCUCAUUGAAUAUCUGUUGAAAUGGCUCCUACAGUACCAUUAGUUUUGUGGGCGCAAAGAAAAGAUCGUAUUCUUGUGAGUGUCCAAAUAGAAGAUGUAACAAACGAACAAAUUUUUGUUGAUCAAACUAAACUUACUUUUAGUGGUCAAAGUCAUGGCAUAUCAUAUGCAAUUGAUUUAGAAUUUUUUAACAAUAUUGUACCAGAGGAGUCAAAACAGCGUAAGGGUGGAAGAGAGUUUUAUUUUGAUCUUAAGAAAAAGGAAUCUGGUCCAUUUUGGCCACGGCUGUUAAAAGAUAAAUCAAAGCACGCAAAUAUCAAAGUCGAUUUUAGUAGGUGGAAAGAUGAAGAUGAAUCUGAUGAUGAUGCUGGGCGUUUUGAUAAUGGCAACUUAGAAGAUAUGAUGCAACAGAUGGGUGACACUUCUUUAGAUCCCGGUGAAAUCUCUGAAUCAGACAGUGAUGAUGAGGAGAUACCCGAUUUGGAAGAUGAAUCAGGAAAAAAAAGCGAAGAAGAUAAAUGAUAAAUCUUUUCAUUUAUAGAUUUGUUUUACUUUA